AUGGCCAACGCAGAGUCCAAUAACACUGAAUUCCAGGCGGAGAGUACAUUCCGGGCCUACACACAGGGACAAGGCCUGUCUUAUGCCCAGAAUCGCCUUGGAUAUGAACCGGAGUUCCUCCAAUUCAUCAUCGACCAUCACACCUCCACUGGCGGGCAGCUUGACACGAUCGUUGACGUCGGCUGUGGUCCCGGAACAGCAGUGCGUGCACUGGCACCAUACUUUGCCCAUGCCAUCGGCCUCGAUCAAUCAGAAGGGAUGAUCAGCACCGCCCGUUCUCUCGGCGGCAGCACAUCAUCACCAUCAUCAUCCGCGGUGCCCGAACCCAUAAAUUUCCAAGUCUCCACCGCCGAAGACCUCGGCUCCCAGCUCUCCCCUCCGCUCAUCGCGGACAACAGCGUCGACCUCCUGACAGCCGCGGCGGCCGCGCAUUGGUUCGACAUGAGCCGCUUCUGGCCGCGGGCUGCGCAGGUGCUGAAGCCUGGCGGCAGCGUCGCGCUCUGGGUCCGCGCGCGCAUCCGCGUCAGCGCCAGCGUGCCCAACAGCGCCGCCAUCCAGACAGUCAUCGAUGCGUUCGAGGAAGAGCAUCUGAUGCCGUACAUGGCGCCGGGGAACCUGAGCGUCAACAAACACUACGCCGACCUGGAGUUACCCUGGAGCCUGUCGACGACGCCUGCGGGGCCCGUUGCGGAGUUCGACGAGGCCAGCCUCCUCCACAAGGUGUGGGAUGGCAGCGAUGCCGAUUACGAUGCCGAUGGCAAGUCUUUGGUGAAGCCUGUGACGGUCGAUAUGGAUACGCUGGAAAAGAUGAUGGGGACUGCGAGCCCAGUGACGCGGUGGCGGACGGCGCAUCCGGAUGCGGUGGGGACCGAGCGGGACAUAGUGAGGGUGUUUCGAAGGGAUAUUGAGCGGCUGUUACACGAGGCUGGUGUGGAGAAGGGGAAAGAGGUUGUGGAUGGAACCCAGACGGGUACUUUGUUGAUUGUGAAGAAGAAACUGUGA